CCAGCUAGAUGUAAGCUAACGUUAGCCGGCCGGUGAGCUAACAGGACGGUCUCGUUAUUCUUAUAUCGUCGUUGUAUUGAAGCUGAGCGCCGUUAUAUUUCGGUUGUAACGGUCAGAAAAGCAACAAGUCGCUCUCGCCGGGUGUUUGUCUGCAAUAUCAGGAAAGAUGACUUCGGGACUGUCUGAUCCAACCCUAGAGAGACAUUUCAAGGGUCACAGGGACACUGUGACAAGUGUGGACUUCAGCAGCAACAUGAAACAGAUUGCCACAGGCUCCAUGGACUCCUGUGUGAUGAUUUGGAACAUGAAACCUCAGAUGCGAGCGUAUCGCUUUGAUGGGCACAAAGAUGCUGUCAUGUCUGUUGAGUUUUCUCCCUCUGGCCACCUGGUGGCCUCCGCCUCCAGGGAUAAGACUGUUCGUCUUUGGGUGCCCAGCAUGAAGGCUGAGUCAACAGUUUUCAGGGCUCACACGGCUACCGUGCGCAGCAUUAACUUUUCUGGUGACGGACAGACUCUGGUCACAGCCUCGGACGACAAAACCAUCAAGGUGUGGACAGUCCACAGGCAGAAGUUUCUCUUCUCUCUUAACCAACACAUCAACUGGGUCCGCUGUGCUAAGUUUUCUCCAGAUGACCGUUUGAUUGUGUCGUCAAGUGACGAUAAGACUAUAAAGCUGUGGGACAAGAACAGCAGAGAGUGUAUUCAUUCUUUCUAUGAACACGCUGGUUAUGCAAACCAUGUGGACUUCCAUCCCAGUGGAACUUGCAUUGCUGCUGCCAGUACUGACAACUCUGUCAAGGUGUGGGACAUCCGAUCCCAUAAGAUGCUACAACACUACCAAGUCCACAGUGGUGUGGUGAACAGUUUGUCUUUCCACUUGGCGGGUAAUUUCCUCAUCACUGCAUCCAGUGAUUCCACCAUGAAGAUACUGGACCUUGUAGAGGGCAAGCUACUGUAUACACUGCAUGGACAUCAGGGUCCAGUGACCUGUGUGGCCUUCUCCAGGACAGGAGAGUACUUUGCAUCUGGAGGCUCUGAUGAGCAGGUAAUGGUGUGGAAGAGCAACUUUGAUUGCAGUGAGUGUGGUGACACUGUUAGGCCACAACACAAAACUACUUCCAGCAUUCAGGCACCACCAGCCAGCUCCACGGCUCACGUCCCCUUUGACUCGCACCCGUCUGUGCUCCGCAGCCAGACCUCUGACCCAUCAGAACAUUUUAACAAACAGGACUCCCAAACUGCUGCCCGCACCCAGAGUGGCAGUCACAGUGGCAGCCACAGCAGAGCGUCUCAUUCCCACACCUACAGAAAUCCCAGCUCCAGUUCCACCUCCACCCAUCAGACACAGGGUUUAUCACAGCAUUCAUCCCAUGUUCAAGCACAGUCCCAGGUCUCAGAUGGAGGGGUCCCUCCUGCUCUAGCCAGCACCCUGGAACACAUCAUAGGUCAACUGGAUAUUCUCACUCAGACGGUUUCGAUCUUGGAGCAGAGGCUGACGCUGACAGAGGACAAGCUCAAGGAGUGUUUGGAGAAUCAGGUGGAGAUCGGUCUACAUCUCCAGGGACGAGAGGAGGCCUAAAGAUGGCGGCAUCAGAGACCGAUUGAGCUGUGGUGUGAGUGAAAUGGGGUCUCAUCAACACGAGAAACAGAAACCCACAUCACUGUUGUUAGCUCGCAAUAAAACGCGAGAGCCUACCCACACAGCUGCACAGUCACACAUAUAGCAAGGAACUGAGCCGAAGCGGUUUCCUGACUGGAGUUUAAAUGCACCCUGGGCCUUACUGCUGAUGUACUGUGUGGUUAUUUCACAAAGAGAUAUCAGAAGUGAAGGAGGUUAAUAUUAGAGAAGUUGUUCUUCUACAACAGUGCUGAGAGCGCAGUCCCUUUUCUGCUGACGAAGGACCUGCUGCUACUAGUCACUGUGCGUGUGCGUGUGUGAGUGUGUGUGAGAGAGUACACAGUGGCUUCCUUUGCAAAAGGGUAGACACAUGCAAGAGACUUUCGUACUCGCCUAUGCACUGCACAUGCAUUCGUGUUUCUGUUUGUGUGUGUGUGUGUAGGCUGGUUUAGAAUGAUAUUAGAAAAAUGCUUUUUUUCGUUAAAAAGCACAUAUGGUAUAUGCACAUACACUAUACACAACCAAAAUGUCCACAGAGCACAGUCAUCGUUUUAGUUGCACUCUGGCCAAUACAUUCAUUUUUAAAUUGGAGACAGAGGCUCACAGAAAAAAAAAACCUCAUUAAAAUAGGAACCUCUUUUAUUAUCAGCUUGGUUUUGACCUUAUUCAAUUUGUUGCCAGCAGAUACUUUUUCUUGUGCUUCUUCGAUCAUAAGUAAAAGUACUGACAGUUGGAAAUUAACUAAACAGUUAGUGCAGAGCCAGUAUAGUGCCUUUAUUUUGUCUUAUAUGACAAAGUUCUUUGUUCAAAUUGGCAAGUAUGAGACAGUUUUUUUGAUCUAUUCUAUGUUUUUCUUACUGUCAACAGUUCUCAGUAAAAGAUCAAAACCAACAAUGAAUUUAUCCUCAUAAUAAGCACUGUGGAGCCAAAGCCUGAUUUAUCUUUCCUCUGUGAGCCUCCAUUGUUGUCCAAAAACACACUUCAGCACACAUCACUGAGCCACACCAUCGCACUUGGUGACAUGUUCCUACAUCACAGGGGCACUGUAGUUUAUUUUGAGUCAUUACCAUGUACAUUGUCCUUCUCCAGUAAAUACUAGGCAUGCACAGAUUCAGUACUCCAAACCGAUGUUGGCACCGAUACUGAUCUUAGAUCAGCCGUCAUAUAACCAGUCUACAUUAUACACAGUUCCCUUGUCACUGUCAUUUUAAAUAUUCCGUUUCCAGUUACCGGUUCUCAUGCAGUCAUGGCAGCCACAAACUCAGUUUUUAGUACAACGGAAAUCCUUGGCCUCAUGUUACAUUACAUGAAAAUACAGAUUUUACAGAAUGUAGAGGCUUUAAAUUUGGGGAAAAGGGACCACUGGUAUUAAUAAAUGCUCAGAUCUGGGUUGAUGAAUCAGUAUGAGGAAAGAAAAACUUGGAUCAGUGCAUCUCAAGCAAAUACUCAGUAGUCCAGGACAUGAAUAUUAAUCCAAGCCUGAAUAUAGUCCAAAAAAAUGCAGUAUUUAUUUUAUUUGAGUAACUUUAGCUUAAAAAGAAAAACACAGUGCCUAUCUGUUUUAGGAUUUUAGUAUUAUAAUAUGUAGGAGAAUACACAGAAAACCUGUUUUUAAAGAUUUUUGUCUUCAGUAGGAACAAAUUGGCUUAAAGCCGAGUGCAACAGUAGCAUAGUCAGAAAGUACUGAGAGACAUACUAAUACAUAGAUGAUUUUGUUCUUCUCAUACAAUUCGUCAACAGUGGAAGAAUCUUUCUGAUUAAUGGCAGCUGUAUAUUUUAAGUUUGAAUAAUGGUGCUUUUUUUCAUUGGAUCCAUGUUGGAGUUUUUACACCGUGAGUACAGAACGCCUGGUUGUAAUUCCUGCAUUUUGAAUUAUCCUGUGUGUGAAACUUUUACACGUUGAAAGUAAGUUAUU